CUAGUUGUUCUUAAGUAGCAUUGUCGAAGCAUUUAUGUGUUUUACGAAACGUGAAUACAGUAGUGACGCCAAAUAAAGAUCUACUGAGCGUAGUCGAAGCCUGAUAUUUGUGCGCGAAGGAAGUAUUCUUAGUCAACUAUUUGUUUUCAUUGGAAAAAAUGCCUUAAACUUUAAUUAUUUAAAUACGCUUUCGCAUUUAUACAUUCACAAAAAUCACAGAAGCACAUUAACAAAACGUAACACACAAUGGGGGACGUGAAAAAACAACCACACAUUGAUUAUGAUCCAUUCGAACAUCGUGAAGUUGAAAAACCGAACUCUGAUGUACGAUCAACUGCAAAUUUAAUAAAGGCCUCUUUAGGCACAGGAAUACUUGCGGGACCUCUGGCCUUCUCAAAUGCAGGUUGGGGCGUUGGUCUUAUUGGAACACUUUUCAUCGGUUUCUUGUGUACUCACUGCAUACACAUACUUGUGAAGACAUCUCGAGGCUGUUGUAAAAUCGAGAAGAAACCAUUACUGGACUACGCGGAGACAUGUCGGUCAGUUUUUGCUAACGGACCGAAGAGUGUGAGAAGGUUUGCUGGAGCUGCCAGCAUUUUUGCAGAAUUUGCUCUGUUAUCCACAUACGUCGGAGUAUGCUGCAUUUAUACAGUACUUAUAUCGGAUUCGAUUAAACAGCUCGUAGACCACUACGUACCGUCUGUAACGAUACCUGUAGAAUAUUACUGUUUGAUACUGCUACUGCCUCUGUGCGUACUUUGUCAGAUAAGAUACUUAAAGUUUCUGGCUGUGUUUUCAAUGAUAGCCAAUGUCUUACUCGUGGCCACAUAUGCAAUAUGUCUCUAUUAUAUUUUCGGAGGUGGAAUUUCGUUUGUCGAUAAGAAAGUUGCUGGUGAUCCGGCAAGAUAUCCAGCUUUUAUUUCAACUGUAAUAUUUGCAAUGGAAGGUAUUGGAGUAGUGAUGCCAGUUGAGAAUUCAAUGAAGAAACCGCAAAAUUUCCUCGGAUUUCCUAGUGUGUUGGUCGUAGCGAUGUCGACUAUUGUAUUCCUGUACAGUACACUGGGUUUGUUCGGCUACUUUAGAUAUGGCGACGUUUUAAGAGGAACCAUCACUUUAAAUCUACCAACUGAGGAGUGGCCCGCGAUAUUCGCGAAGAUCUUCAUUGCGCUUUCAAUAUUCUUCACGUACCCUCUUCAGUUCUAUGUAGUUAUCGAUAUAUUCACGAAAUAUACGAAGCAUCACAUCAAGGAGAACUACCAGAAGAUGGCGCAGGUGGUCGCCAGAACCGUUGGCGUGACGUGCUGCGUCGGUAUUGGAAUAGCAUUACCACUGCUAGAACAAAUUAUCAAUAUAGUCGGAGCGAUUUUCUAUUCGAUUCUCGGUCUCGUGAUUCCUGCUAUCGUUGAAACAGUUUUCCGGUGGAACGACCUCGGAAAAUUCAAAUGGAUUCUUUGGAAAAAUGUCCUCAUUCUUCUCUUCGGCCUCGGAAGUCUCGUGUCAGGAUGCACCGUGACAAUAAUGGACAUAAUACAAGUACUCAAACAGAAAACUGAGUAAUAACGUAAACUACAAUGUCACGAUCGAUGUCAAGUACUGCUCAUUACAUUACACAGCAAUGUCAGCCAUGUCUCAGAGGAAAAAUAAAUCGUAGUAGAAUGUUCCGUAAAGUAAAGAUACUAUUUUACUAAUAAGGAAACUGCUUAAGCAAAUAUCGGUAAUGAUACAGCGUAUAGAUAAACGUAAAAAAUAUGCUUCGUGUAAUGAUAGAACUCAGAACUGUAAGAAUGUUUUUCACGUUGGAAAAAAUGAAAAUAAAUUUGUACAACUUCAUUUCUUAGCAGAAUAUUCUAUACUAUCUACAAUUCGAGAGAUUAACAAAAUGUUCUCAAUGUGUUCGUUUGAAAUUUUAAUUUCAUUCCUUUUUUGGCAUUCUCGUGCUUCGAAAUUAUUCAAAUGGCACUUGAUAGCAAUGCGUGACGCUUAGUCAUUGUUAUUAUAUUCCCAAGACUCGGUAUCCGCAGUCAUACUAAUUACUAUUGUUUGUAUUUUGUUCCACGUUAAAAUAUAUGCAAAAACUGUAAGCUAUUAGCUACAUACAAAAUUAAUAAGAAAAUGAAGUAAUGAAGUUCGAGAAACCCAAAUUCAAUGUAUAAAACUAUUUUAAAGGGCAAAACGAUUUCAUAAUUUUAGCUUUGAUCCGUUUGUACAGAUUUUGAAUUUGAUCAAGAUUUAACUUUACAUUUUUGUAUCAGUGAUGACGAUGGGCAACGGUAGACUCAAACUAUCCGGUAGAAGAAAUGCUUUUAUCUUCUUUCGACACUGCUGCUCAGUUUUGAGAAAGUCUUAAUAUCAGCUCGACACACCGGCUUUUCGAUUAACUACUAACACUUCUUCAAAACCCAGUAGCAAGAACCUCUCUUCAAAUUUCCAUAAAUAAUGUUUGUUUAUUUUCAAUUCCUAUUCGAUAUUUUCUAUUAUUCAAAUAAAAUUUGAAUACUAAUGCCACUAAUUUCAAAGUGUAAGUAGCUGCUACUAAUUUCAAAGUACUGUUGCCUACCACAUAGCCUUAACACGAAUAGAUUAAACCUAGUAUUUGAAUUCAUAAUAAAUUAUAUACUCACAUUAAAUAAAUUACUGACUACUUCAUUUUCAUAUUGUGAAAUAAAAACAAAACAUUAAAUAGAAGAAGUUAGUUUUUAAAUGGUCAAUAAAAUUAUUGAAAUAUGA